GAGCAUCCGGUGCUCGUGCGGCGUAAGUCCGGGCUGAUCGCCGAAGGGAAUGGUUCGGACAUCCCUGCGGAACCCUCAAACAGGCAGCAGCAGCCUUCGCACGCCAGGAGUGGAAGGUUCAUUACGAUAUCAGCGGACCUUCCCGACUACCCAGAGGGCCACCUAGACGCCUCUGCGGGACUGCUGCUGGCCUCAUCCCAGCCAUCUCCUCCCAACACGGUGAGCCUAGACGAACAAACGGCUGGAAUGCUACAUGUGCUGCUGGCAUGCUGAACAGAGGAAAUGAUGCCCCUCUCGCCCUCGAGUGUUGUCUGUUGUUGUUCGUAAUAAUGAUGAUGAUAAUGAUUUGCCUUGUAGUUUGGUUUUGUUGUCAUUGUUGUAGCUGUUGGUUGAUGAUGAUGGUGGGCUAGGGUUGUUCUGUCUGUUGUUAGGGGGUUGUUUGGGUUUUCGAUAGCGUAAUGCACAGUGCUUGACUUAUCGGGAGUCGUCCUUCGUUGCACUUAACGGCCACUUAACCCAGCACCGUUUGAUUCUUCACAUGUACAAGCCAGCCCCCCCCCCCCCCCCCAUUUUUUUUGAGGAACAACUACACCCGCUGGUGUCGGUAAAGGUUAACGCCAACCUCCACGGCGCUGCCGCAGCAGUCGCCUCACCCGCAGACAGCGAGGACGCUAGCAGCGUCACGUCCAGCCAGGCGUCCGCAAACAGCCGGAGCAGCAGCAUCCUCCGCAGGCGGCCGUCGGUGUUCAACGCGCCGCCGCCGUUGCCGACGCCCUCCGCCUGGGAGCGGGGAGGAGAUAGUUCCGAGUCCGAACCAGACACUUCUUCUUCUUCUUCUUCUUCUUCUUCUUCUUCUUCUUCGGAGGAGGAGGAGGAGGAGGAGGAGGAGGAGGAAGAACCUUAUCCUGUCGAGCGAGUUUCAACCAGCGAUGGGGAGGGGAGUGAGGGGGAGGGGGGGGCGGGGGUUAGACCCUAA